GCCUCCCAGCCUCGGUGUGGCCUGCGGCUCCUGGGCCGGUAGCGCCGUUCUUGAUCGCGUUGACUGGCUGUGUGUAACCGCGGGUCACGGGUGCUCGCCUCCCGUCACAGCUCAGCCCAGCGCCGCCGAGGCCGUCGGCCCCGAGCCUCCGCCAUGGACUUCGAGGACGAUUACACACACUCUGCUUGCAGAAAUACUUAUCAGAGCUUUAAUGGAAUGGAUCGUGAUUAUGGCCCCGGAUCUUAUGGAGGGAUGGAUCGUGACUAUGGCCAUGGAUCCUGUGGGGGUCAAAGAUCCAUGGACUCCUACCUAAACCAGUCAUAUGGCAUGGACAGUCACAGUGGUGGUGGUGGGGGUAGCAGGUUUGGACCUUAUGAGUCUUACGACUCCAGGUCUUCUCUGGGUGGGCGAGAUCUGUACAGAUCUGGCUAUGGUUUUAAUGAACCCGAACAAAGCCGCUUCGGAGGUAGUUAUGGUGGUCGAUUUGAGAGCUCCUACCGGAAUAGCCUUGACUCUUUCGGAGGUAGAAACCAGGGCGGGUCUAGCUGGGAAGCACCUUACUCCCGUUCAAAAUUGAGGCCUGGGUUUAUGGAGGACAGAGGAAGAGAGAAUUACUCUUCCUACAGCAGUUUUUCUUCACCCCAUAUGAAGCCUGCACCUGUAGGCUCUCGGGGGAGAGGAACGCCUGCUUAUCCUGAAAGUACGUUUGGAAGCAGAAACUAUGAUGCUUUUGGAGGACCAUCAACAGGCAGAGGCCGAGGCCGAGGACAUAUGAGUGAUUUUGGAAGCAUUCAUAGACCUGGAAUUGUUGUUGACUAUCAAAACAAACCCACCAAUGUGACAGUUACUGCUGCAAGAGGAAUAAAGAGAAAAAUGAUGCAACCAUUUAAUAAGCCUGGUGGAACCUUUAUCAAGAAACCCAAGCUAGCAAAACCUGUGGAGAAGAUGAGCCUCAGCAAAUCACCCACAAAAACAGAUCCUAAAAAUGAAGAAGAAGAAAAGCGACGAAUUGAGGCUCGGCGAGAGAAACAAAGGCGCAGAAGAGAAAAAAACAGUGAGAAAUAUGGAGAUGGAUACAGAAUGGCAUUCACAUGUUCAUUUUGUAAAUUUCGAACAUUUGAAGAAAAAGAUAUUGAACUGCAUCUGGAAAGUUCUUCACACCAGGAAACAUUAGAUCAUAUUCAAAAACAAACCAAAUUCGAUAAAGUAGUUAUGGAGUUUUUGCAUGAAUGUAUGGUAAAUAAAUUCAAGAAAACAUCUAUUCGUAAGCAACAGACAAAUAAUCAAACAGAAGUAGUCAAAAUAAUUGAAAAAGAUGUUAUGGAAGGUGUUACUGCAGAUGAUCACAUGAUGAAAGUAGAGACUGUUCACUGCAGUGCUUGCAGUGUGUAUAUCCCUGCUUUACAUAGCUCAGUUCAGCAGCACUUAAAAUCUCCUGAUCAUAUCAAAGGGAAGCAGGCUUAUAAGGAACAAAUAAAAAGAGAGAGUGUCUUGACUGCUACAAGCAUUUUAAAUAAUCCAAUAGUGAAGGCGCGAUAUGAACGUUUUAUUAAGGGUGAGAAUCCCUUUGAAAUUCAAGAUCAUUCUCAAGAUCAGCAAAUAGAAGGAGAUGAGGAGGAGGAGGAAAAGAUUGACGAACCUAUUGAAGAAGAGGAAGAGGAAGAGGAGGAAGAAGAAGAGGAAGUGGGGGAAGUAGAGGAAGUAGAAGAAGUGGAGGAAGUAGAGGAAGUGGGAGAAGGUGGAGGAGUAGAAGGAGUGGGGGACACAGAGGAAGGAGGGGACGUAGAGGGAGAGGGGGAAGUAGGGGCAGUGGAGGAAGGAGAGGGAGAAGGAGAGGGAGUAGGGGAAGUAGAGGAAGAAGCAGCAAAGGAAGAGCCUGUCGGCUUCCCCGUUGACCAACCAGAAGAAAAUUAAAUAUAAGGUAUUAGUCAGUUUUAAAAGAAGCUUUAAAUUUCUGUCCCAAUGUGGAAAAGGGUAAGAAUAUCAGUAGUUUAAAAUAUGAGAGUUAACACCCAUGUUGCAUGCAUUCCACAGAUUACAAUUUGUUUUAUAUAAUUUCUAAAUGUUUGGCAUUUGUUUAAUAAAAUGAAGGUAAGACUAUUUUAGUUUAGUUUUUAUAGCUACCUAACUUAGAUUCAAUAAAUUGUUUGUAUAAUU